CAACAAAAAAAAAUCCCAUUCGAUCGUCUUUUUUCCUCUUCCACGCCAGAAAUCCGUAUAAAAACACCAAACCUUAGAGAACUAUCGAAAGAAAUAUUUGCGACAGAAAUUUCCACCGCUUAAUUCAAAAAUCCAGCAACCGUCGCCAUCAUGUUGCUCUCAGAGGACCCCGCGACUCUUAUCCAUCACACGGUAAACAGCUUCAAUAUCGAUCCCGAUAAACUCGCUGUCGCGCGUGUUCAAGAAUCACUAUCCACUCUACAGCAAGCGCGUGAGCUGCGGAUGCGCGAUGUCGAAUCAACACUGAAGAAGCUUUCGCGCCAGCUCAAUACACUUACUUCACAACAUGCCGACUUGGUUGCCUCGCACUCGUCAACAGACCAUGCAUCGGUCAUAAGCCGACUCGACACAGACAAGUUCCGCACAGCAAAGGCGGCCAACGACGCCGAGGCGGACGCGGAGAGACUGGCAAUGCAGGCGUCUGACCUCGCAGCAAGGCUGCAGGAGCUCGAUCUACAGGGUGUGGAGGGUGACGAGGAUGCACGACGCAGAGAUCCAGUUGAUGAUGAGGUGUUGCUGCGGUUGAAGGUGUAUCGUAGCCUGGGUAUCGACAUUGAGCGAGACAGCAAGGAUGGCGAGUGGGCCAAGGCAGUCAUUCGAAAUGAUAGGAAAGGCGAUGUACAUGUUGUCAACUUGGACAAGAAGUUUUCGCGGUACUUUUAUGCGAAUUACUUUUGGGAUACCAUGUAGAUUGCAGCUGCAUCGGAUGACUGGAUGAUUUGCAUGUUGCGGGCGUUUUUGCCUUCUUGGGUUGGCGGGAAUUUUUAACUAUUUUGUAUAUGUAGAGCAUGAUACCACGGUUUGCUUUUUGUACGGCGCAAAUAUCGGCAUGAAUACAUACUAUCAUUACUAUGGAAACAGCAUCUUUUGUGUGGCCCUGUGGAAAAUACAUGUAGUCAUUGAUGAUAAUAUACAUGAGAGCAAUAUAAACAUAGAUGCCUGGCUGCCCUCUUUUCAUAGAGAUGGAAAUGCCAUUUGGAGGGGAAUGGGAUGUCGUGGAGAGCGUUAGAUAUCGUUAACAGGUGGAUUGACUAUGGUUCAGGGUGACUGAUAGUUCAAUAUAGCCGCGGCGAUUUGGAGUAUGCUUUUUUAUUGUGUUCCAUUGCUGGCUGAAGCCUUCUUAGCCGAUGCCUUGGUUGACAUGCUAAGAGGAAAGUAGCCAUCCGGGUUGCCGGUUGGGCUAAAUGACAUGCGCGAGACCGAUGGCGUUCUAGUUCUCGAGCUGUUUGGUGAGGUCUUCGUCUUUGGUCCUGUGGGCUCGUCGGGACUUCGGUUGCGGCGCUUCAUCAUGAGAAAGCCGCCGUCUGCACCUGGUGUUGUAGGGCCACCCGAAGGAGUUCUGUGAUGAUGGCGAUGCUGUCGAUCAGGAAGUUCGAACCUCGAGUUGAUGGUGGUCCAGAUCUCAUCGUCCUGGUCACCAACCCGCCAACCCCCGACGCCCUCAUAGUCUCUCCAUGCACCGAUACUUGGAGUAAGACCGAGUCCGGCCUCGUUGACAGGUGUAACCGUGCCGCCGGUCAAGAUGCUGACGGAGCUAGGGCGGCGGCGACGACGACGGGGAGCAGGUAAGGCAGCAGACGAGGGCACGCGGGUCGGCGGCUGGCUAUCGUCAUCAAGCGCAGCAACUUGGCGCAUGUGUGGUUGGAUUUUGAAGCUGCCAAACGAGUUGUUGAUAAGUGAGAUCGCAAUGUCGAGAUAUACCACAAUCACUCUGCAGAUGAGCACGGAAAAUGCCAGCGUUGUGGUCAGCCCGGCGAAGAGGGCAAGAGGAACAGUAACGAUGCAGAGGAAGGGAACGAUGGCGGCAUGGACGGGGUUGAUGAGCGCCAUAGUAGCGAGAUUAUAUGAUGCGAAGCGCAACGACGGCGCUGUGACUUGUGGUUUGUUGUUGUAGGAGACUCAGCGGUUGUCGCCCAAGGCUGUAUUGAUAGAUGGACGAUUUGAUGAGAUGACGAUGGGAAGAGUGUGAGAUGGUGCCGACAACUCCCACGGCGAAUCGUGAAAGAGGAGAAAUCGGCCAAAUAAGAGAGGAAAAGAGAUAACAGAGGCGUCCUUUGUUGUGCGUUGGCGGGGGAAGGUUGGAGGCUUUUGUGAGGCGUGCCAGCCUGUGAUGUUAGUGGUGUGGCGUGUGGCAGCACCAGUUUGGGGGGAUGGAUUGGCAGCCAACGGAAUCUCUGGAGAGAGAGUGAAGCGUCUUGAUUGUCGGUGAUUGUGUACACGAUGAAGUAUGAGUGACUGUGAUUAUUAUGUAAAUCGCUCUGGUUGCCGGCUGGCGAGGAGAUGCGUCCUCGCUUUCUCGUCUGUCACAUGUCACGCCUGUCCAAAAAAACCCUUAGGUGGGAGGUCAGCGCCUAGCAGAGCAGAUGUGGUGCAGCCACUAGCUGGGAAAUCGUAAUAGGUAUAGCAUUAUUACUUGUUCCCUGGAUGCAGCUGCAUAUGUGUUGCAUAAAAACCGCAGACUGUGUAUUAUUUUGUGCCAGCUUGACGGUUUACUGGCACUGCCAUGCCUGCCCGUUGAAUCAGUAAAACAGGCCCGCCACGC